UACCAAUACAACCAAUUCAAGUAAACUUUUCCUUUCCAUAGCUUCCUCUUCUUUAGUUGAAUCUUCCGAUCUUAGUUAACGAUCUUGGGCUAGCAGAAGGUCUCUCCGAUUUACUUUUCUUCUGCUAUAUUUCUCUACAUGGUAUCAGAGCCAUAGCCGUAGUUGGCUUCUGGAUUUUAUUUCAAGAUCGAGUUAGAGGUAAAUUCAACUGGUUUCUCUAAAUGGAUUUAAGCGGCCGUGUUAAUGGACUGGGGAUGGAGUUGUUGCAUCAGUCCAAUUACAAGGUAUGGAAAACAUGUAUGGAGUCAUACCUUGUGGGAGAGGAUUUGUGGGAUGUUGUUAAUGAUAGUUACACAAGUCCUCCUAUUGACGGACCCGAAAAUAGCGACGCAUGCAAGAAGUGGAAGCAGAUUAAUGCAAAGGCGGAAUUCAUCCUAAAGAGGUCCAUUUCUCACAACUUGUUUGAUCAUAUUAUUAGGUGCAAAUCAGCUCAUGAGAUAUGGAGGACCCUCGAUCGGCUGUUCAAUAAGAAGGAUGAAGCGCGGCUACAGAUCUUGGAGAAUGAAUUGGCUAACACCAUUCAAGGUAAUCUUUCUAUUGCCGAAUAUUUUUUGAAGAUUAAGAACUUAUGUUCAGAGAUCUCAUUAUUAAAUCCGGAUGAGGCUAUCUCUGAAGCACGAAUGAGAAGAACUAUCAUUCGUGGUUUGAAGAAAGAAUAUAUUCCUUUUGUUACAUCAUUUCAAGGAUGGGCUCAACAACCAUCUUUGGAGGAGUUUGAGAAUCUUUUAUCAUCACAGGAGCUACUAGCCAAACAGAUGGCCAGGGUGUCUAUCAAAGAAUGGGAUGGAAAUGCUCUUGUUGCUAACAAGAGGAAUUUUAAAGAAAUACAAGAGCGAAGUGGCUCAAGAGAUAUGACACAUUCUCAAUUCCAUAAGGGUUCAAGCUCGUCAAGACAGAAGGAGGAUUCUUCUAAUCAUUAUGGUAAGAAGUCUAUUAAAUGUUACCGAUGUGGUGAAGUAGGACACAUAAAAAGAUUUUGCCGAGCCAAAGAAAGCAACAUGGCACAAACCGAGAAAGCUCCUGAAGAAGAAGAAGACUGGGGAAGGUGCUUUGUAGCUAAGACUCCAGCAGUAGACGCCUUGGCUUCCCUUAAUUUCGAAAAAGACCGGAUCGUGGAUUCAGGAGAUAAUACAGCCCAUCAAGUGGAGAAAGAACGCAUUGGUGUCAUCAACAAAAAGCAAGAAGAUUCUGAAGACAUUCAGAUUAGUGACGUGGCAGCUGCCACCGAGGAAAUCAACGAAGCAGAUCCUGAAAUUGGUAACAAAAAUCUGGACGUGGAGGAUGUUGAAGUAGAUCCUGAGCAUGAAGUUUCUGAAACUAUAUAUGACAAUGAUGACCAUUCUAGAGAAAGCAUUGAGGGAGUUGUAGUGGAAGUUGAAGUCUCUAGUCAAUCUUCUGCCAUAUCAGAGUCAAUCACUAGCUCAGAUGAAAUACUGGAAGCAGAUGGAGAAGCUGACGGUCAAAUAAAUGAAGAGGUUGACCUUGAAGGCUCAAUUUCAUAUGGAGAGAAAGAUAAUAUGGUUCUCGGAUCCUCUGAAGCUGACAAACAGUUCAUUGAGGAGCUGAAAAAGGAAUCUGGUGGUGGAUGCUACGAUAGUGCUGAGUCUUCACAGGAAAUUAAUGGUCAGAUCAUCACCGACUCAGGUGUUUCUCCGGAUAACACAAUUGUCAAGGAGCUAAGAAAAAGGGGGAGUCUAGAAACUCAAGAAUGUAAAACUCGGCAUGGAGAUGAUUCACGUGGUUCACAAAGGCCAAAAAGAAAUAUUGUUAAGCUAGCUCGCUACAAAGAUGAAAAGUUUGCCGGUACGUAUUCAUGCUUCUUUGCAGGCCCAAUUAUCAGCGGAAAACCAUCAUCAUUUAAAGAAGGAAGAAGUGUCGGGAAAACAUUGCUGAGAUCUUCACCAAGGCACGUCCAAAAGCUUCGUCUGAGUUCUUCUGCGACAAGUUCAGGAUAGCUUCCAAAAAAUUACUUUAAGGGGGAGUGUGAAAUAUUAAAGUUAAUUGUUUGGAAGAAUAAAUAACAUAGAUAUUUAGAAGAUAAUCUAGAAGGUUAUAUUGGAAUAUCUUAGAUAUUUAGUUUACUUAAGAAAAAUCUAGAUGCUCUAGAAUCUUAGAUAUUUGUAGAAGAGG